AUGUCUCCAAAAUGCCCAGACAGACUGUUACCAAAGAUCCAAUGGAAGAAUCAGGAUCAAUAUGUUGACUAUGGGAAGAAGCUCAAUCUUAAUCAGAUUGGAGCAACUGUCCCAGCUACUGUUCCAGCUAUAGUUCCUGGAGCUUCAGCAUCCACAAGUGGAGCAUCAAGUGUUGCGGGAAGCCUUAACACACCUUUGCAACUUGCUGGUACUACAGGUAAUCAAAUAAUGCAUGUUCCUUCUGGAAUGCAGCUCAUGCAGAUUCCGACUCAAGGUGGCGGCACUGUUACUGUCGUUUAUUCUAUGAAUGCUAACGGGGAGAUUGCGUUCAGUGGAAUGCAAAUCAGCCAACAAGGCUUCAGUUGUGCUCAAGUGCACCAAGGAUUUGAUGCAACUCAAGCUCGAACUCCACAAGCUGUGAAAUCUGGAUAUUUUGAUACGUCAAAUGUCUUUCACAAUGCUAUCAAGGGAAAGGAUGAGAAUGGCAAUGCUGUCUAUCUUAUUCCAUGUCCUGCUGGUACGACAAAUGUCAAACUUCAAGCCGACUGGCACUAUGCUAGUGAAGAUGAAGAUUUGCCUGAUCUUGCUACUGAAGCAGAUUGA